CUUGGGGUAGUUAUUCUGAUGUUAGCACGUGCUUGCGCUGGCGUUUGGAACACGAACACAAGUUGAAUAUACUUCCGAUAUAUUUAUUUAUUAUUACCUGAUUACCUGCGAGUGCUUCCGCGUCUCAUGCGACAUCGAAAGUGAUUAGUAUUAUUAUUAUUGUUAGAGAAAUUUUUUUGAUUAUUUCGGGAUUAAUCCGGAUGGUAUGAGAGUGCCGGGAGUGCGCGGGACUAGCGAGGCGAGAUGUUCCUCGGAUUUUUGAAUACUUAGUGAAAACUGUUGCGACUGGGUUUUUUUGUUGGUUUUUUUCGAUUUUUCGUGCGGCCGUUCCGAUUGCAAAGCUGGCGGAGUUGGAACAUAUGCAGCCCACGGCGGCGGCGAAUCUACCACCCCCCGGUGGAGAUAUGGACUUGCAGGCCAUGCAAUCUAUGGAUUGGCUCUUUAAAAAGGAAAGGAUUUAUUUGUUAGCGCAAUUUUGGCAACAGAGGGCGACAUUGGCGGAGAAAGAGGUUACAACGUUAAAAGAACAAUUAUCCGGAACGAAUACAUCGAACAAUUGCGAGAACAAAGACACGUCGAACAUGGACAGACAAAGUUUUGAAAACGAAAUGGCCUCCAAAGAUAAAGAAAUAAACCAACUUGUCGAGGAAAUACAAAGGCUGCAAGGAUGUCUGUCGAAAUUACAAGAAUCUUCCAUGUCACAAAUAAAUAGAUUAGAAGAACAAUUGGAUCAAAAACGGCAACUUAUUUUGCGAUUAGAGACGAAAUUAGAAGCCCAAAAAGACUACGAAGAAUUAAAAAGAGAAAUUAGUUUAUUAAGGUCCGAUCUGGGGAACAAUCCGGAUGGAAAAAACAUAGAAUUAUUAUUAGAGAAAACGAAAAAUUUGUCACAAGAAUCCAGGGAUAAAUCACCUUUAAGAGACAGCGAAGGGGUUGAUCGCCACUCGACGCAAACCCCUGCCCUUUCGGUCACUCCUCCUAACAACCUUCCGCCCCCGUUCCAAAACGUUGACGCGUUCGGUAGCUUGCUAGGCGAGGAGAUCGUCUCCACCUGGCGCAGGAGCAUCGAGCAAAACCGAGUAACACCAAAAUCACCCUCUGCUUCUUUAGAUGGCCCACUGAAGUGCGCGACGCCCGUCAACGCCGACGCCCCGGCGCCGGAGAAGAGCGCCGCCACGACGCCCCAGCCGGCCGACCACGGCUGCAGGCAGUCGCCCGUCGAGCACCUCGUCAACGGCAACCCCAAGAGCCCGCAGGAGGACAACAACAACCACCAUGUCAGCAACAACAACAUCACGCUGUCGACCAUGUGCGCCGUGAACAAUUUCCUGCGCAGCGACGACAGCCUGAAGAGCCCCUACAGGUUCGACGAGCACCGGCCGCCCUUCAAGUUCGCCGACGAUUUGGGCAUGCCGCCCGGCUCGAUGAUCGGCCGGUUGGGCGACAGCUUGAUACCCAAAGGCGAUCCCAUGGAGGCCAGGUUGCAGGAGAUGCUGCGGUUCAACAUCGACAAAUACGCUUCACAAAAUUUAGAUACUCUCCAUAUAGCCAGGAGAGUGCGAGAGUUGCUCUCCAUUCACAACAUAGGCCAGAGGAUAUUCGCCAAGUACGUGUUGGGGCUGUCCCAAGGGACGGUGUCCGAGCUGCUGUCGAAGCCCAAGCCUUGGGACAAGCUGACGGAGAAGGGCCGGGACAGUUAUAGGAAGAUGCACGCUUGGGCCAUGGACGAAAACGCCAUACUUCUGUUGAAAUCCCUAAUACCCAAAAAAGACCAUUUUUCAUCAACAGGCAAAGAAGCCGCAAUGCCUCCGUUCGGUCGCGCCGACGGCGACCACCCGGACGAGCGGCUGGUGCACAUCCUGAACGACGCCAGCUUCCAGCAGCACAUGAAGCACCAGCAACAGCCCGAGGACAGCCACAGCAACGAGGACUCGAAGUCGCCGCUGGGCUGCGGCAGCCCCUUCUCGCGCGACUCCUCGCUCAACAAGAGACUGAAGAAGUACGAGAACGACGACAUCUCGCAGGAGAAGGUCGUGCGGAUAUACCAGGAGGAGCUGGCCAAGCUGAUGGGCAGGCGGAUGGAGGAUUUCCGCGGCGGCCAAAGAGACGGACCGUUUCCUGGUUUUUUCCUUCCGCAACUCUACAGCGGGAAUUCGUUGGAAAGGACGCCGGAGGAUCUACGCAUGGUGUUAGACGCCUAUCACAGGGAAUUCGCUAAGUUGAACCAAGGCCAAAACCCCACGCAGAUGCCUCUCAGCCUACUCGCCAUUCAACAGCAAGCGUUGGCCCAUCACCACCAACAACAGCACCAAACCACCAACGGCGGCGUGCAAGACCUCUCCAUACCCAAAGAUAAAUCGAAAAUGGUGAACGGCAUGGACGAUAAGGACAAAGAGGACGAUCACGUGUCGCGCCAUUCUGGGUCCGCGUUCAGCUUGGUGCGGCCGAAGAUCGAGCCAGGAACGCAGCCGAACGCCGGCUCGACGGCCUCCAGCCCGCUGGGCAAUUCCAUUCUACCUCCAAUGACGCCUUCGGACGAUUUUUCCGGAUCGGCGGCGGCGUCGCCGCUGCAACGGAUGGCAAGCAUCACGAAUUCCCUCAUAUCACAACCACCCACGCAGCCGGUGAGCACUCCCAACAACCGGCCGCUCAAAGCAGUAUUACCUCCCAUCACCCAGCAGCAAUUCGACCUCUACAACAAUCUGAACACCGAAGAUAUCGUUAAGAAAGUUAAGGAGCAGUUGAGUCAGUAUUCCAUUAGCCAAAGACUAUUCGGCGAGAGCGUGUUGGGGCUCUCGCAAGGGUCGGUGAGCGACCUGUUGGCCCGGCCGAAGCCCUGGCACAUGCUCACGCAAAAGGGACGCGAGCCGUUCAUCAGAAUGAAGAUGUUCCUCGAAGACGACAAUGCCGUCCACAAAUUGGUAGCCAGCCAGUACAAAAUCGCUCCGGAGAAACUCAUGCGGACCGGAGGAUACGGAGGAGCAAUGAAUUUUAUUCUUCCGCCAGCUUGCUCGUCUAUCAGCAAACCAUUGACGCCCACGAACAAGAUGCUAUCGGAAGCGGCGGGCCUUCUCAACAAAAUGCAAGAAUCCCAGAACAUUCUGCCGCCCAGUUUGCAAUUGGGACCGCCGCAGAGCUCCAAUCCCCAACCGCCGCCGCCGCCGAUGCUCCUCACGCCGCCGGGUCUACCUCCACAUCACGCCAUCAACCUCCAAAACCAAGAUCUCAUGAAAAAAUCCAACCACAGCCCGCACGUCAUCCCCCACGCUCCGAUGAACCAACAGCACGCGCCCCUGAGGAACAUGCACCAGCACAUCUCGCCCAGCGUCUACGAAAUGGCAGCUCUUACGCAAGAUUUAGAUACUCAAGUCAUCACCACCAAGAUCAAAGAAGCCCUGCUCGCCAACAAUAUCGGACAAAAGAUAUUUGGAGAGGCAGUGCUCGGGUUGUCCCAAGGGUCAGUUAGCGAGUUGCUGUCCAAACCGAAGCCGUGGCACAUGCUCAGCAUCAAAGGCCGGGAGCCCUUCAUUCGGAUGCAACUGUGGCUGAACGACGCGCACAACGUCGAUCGAUUGCAAGCGCUGAAGAACGAAAGAAGAGAGGCGAACAAGAGGAGGAGAUCGUCGGGGGCGGGCGCGCACGACAACAGCAGCGACACCUCCUCCAACGACACCUCCGAGUUCUAUCACUCGAACUCGCCGGGCCCCGGCCCGCCGUCGGCCAAGAAGCAGCGCGUGCUGUUCAGCGAAGAGCAGAAGGAAGCCCUGCGGCUGGCCUUCCACUUGGACCCCUACCCCAACGUGAACACCAUCGAAUUCCUGGCGACCGAACUGGGACUGUCUUCCAGGACCAUCACGAAUUGGUUCCACAAUCACAGGAUGCGAUUGAAGCAACAAGUCCCGCACGGUCUGCCCUCCGAUUUGCCACCCAGAGAUCAAACCAGCAACCAGCAAUCCUUCGAUCCCGUGCAAUUCCGGGUACUCUUAAACCAAAGAUUAAUGGAGCUGUCCAAAGAACGGAUGGGCCUCGGCGGCGUGCCCCUGCCGUAUCCUCCCUACCUGGCCACCAACGCCAACCUGGCGGCCCUGAUCAGCAGGGGCCUGCUGCCCACCGGCGACAUGGACCUCUCGUCGGCCCUCAACAACGCCGUGAAGGAGCAGAUGAGCGGCCUGGACCUCUCCAUGUCGUCGCUGAAGCGCGAGCCCGGCGACUUCGACGAGGACGACGACGUCGAGAGCAACGUCGGCUCCGAGGACUCGAACAUGUCGACGGGCAGCCUGCGCGGCGCCGUGAAAGUCGAGCCGAAGGAGGUGCCGCCCAACCAGGGCCGGUCGUCGCGCCGGAAACCGGCCGCGCCGCAGUGGGUGAACCCCAACUGGGAGGAGGAGAAGGAGAAGGCGAGCGCCGGCGACGAGGUGAUCAUCAACGGCGUGUGCGUGAUGCAGACGGGCGACGACUACGGCAGGCGGGGCGCCGAGGAGACGGUGCGCGUCGAGCCGCAGGCGGUGCUGGACAGGUUCGAGGACGACCAGAGCGACGCGUCGUCGAUGAGCAACGACAACGAGCGGCCGGGCAAAGGGGAGGAAAAGUGCGACGAGGAGCCCGAGGAGACCGAUGACAGUGCGAGUAAACGGGAGGACAGUGAACAGAAAAACCUAAAGCAAGAAAACGAAGACGAACGAUGGGAGUAUUGACUGUAAUACUUAAAUUAGUUGUUGUUAGUGUUUACGGACGACCUCAAUGACUUCCUAGUGAAGGGUUGUAAUUUUGUUUGUAAGGUAUACAAAGUGCAAUCACGAUGAAUGAAAAAAAAAAACGAAAAUUUUAUCCCCCAAGGUUAUUAUAAAUAUUUAUUGAAAUGUGAUUAUUUGUUGAAAUCACCGGAUUUAACGUGUCCGGUGUUUGCAGCGAACGGUUUUUUUUAUUUUUUAUUGAAAUAUCGCAGAGUGCUUUCGAACGAGCAUUUUGCUUUUCAAAUUCUUGCCAAUUUUAACUAUUUUUUUACGUAUUGGCAUUUUUUCAUUUCAAUUAUUUUUUUUUGUAUUUUAUGUAGUUAUUAUAAGACUGUUACCGUUAUUAUUAUAUAUAGUUAGCCCCCGGGCUGAAACAAGCAAAGAAAAAUGUUUUAAACAUUUUUGUGAUAUACACUUUUACAUUUUUAAUUUUUAUUAUUGCUAUAUCUGAAUUUUUUUAAGAGUACCAGAAGGCCAAAAAUGCAAUUUUAUUGUUCAAAGGAAUUUUCAUAUUAGCGAGGAUUUCAAUAGAGACAAACAGUUCAACUGUUCCAGUGAAUCCCAUUCACUUUAUCCAAUAAAAUUCGUACUAAAAUGCAGUUGUAAUUUGCGAUAUUGAAAUUUUCGAAAAGAAAAAGAAGACAGGUAUUAAUUAGCGGUAAUUUUCGUACUUUAAAAUGACUAUUUCCAGCUACCUUCCAAAGUUUUUUUGUACAUAAUACCGAAACAGGUGUAUAUUUUUGUUCUGCAACGGAAAUUAAGAUAUUUAAGGAAUUUAAUUUUAAUUUCGAAAUUUUUCAUAGCUCGCGAAAUAUCCACGUCUAGUCUUCAAGCCGAGGGCAUACAUCAAAAAACCAGUUAAAAAUAGGCCAGUACUGAUUUUUUACAAUUUUUUUUAAGAGAGUUCAACGCGAAACGAGCCUUCAAUACACGUCCUUUACGAAAAUCAAAAAUUUUUAUUAAUUAGUCGAAGUACAAUGAGCAAUCCGAAAUAAACCUUCGUUUGUACACAGAAAAAAAUGUCAAAAUUUUCAAAUUGCGUAACUUGAACAAAGUGGGUUUAUUUGGGAAAACCACAACAUGUAAACGUUUGUCUCUUCUUUUUUUUUUAAUUUUCUAUUUAUAUUUUUAGGAUCUCAAAUGUUAUUAACUGAAAAGAAAACUUCAAAUAGCUUUAAUUUCCAAAUAUUAUUAGAAAUAAUGUUAAAGAUGCAUAUCGUUAAUAUUAAGUAUUUAAUACAAAUAAAAUCCACCCAUAGAUUUAUUGAUUAAAAAUGCCAUAGUUUGUUUCCUUUCUAACAAAAAAAUUAAGAAAUCUACAGGAUGUCCGUCGGGUUUCAUCAUUUAUUAGCAGUUCUUAUCGAUAAGUUGAAGUUUUUUUUGGAAAAAACCUUAGGACAACCAGUUAAUGUUUUCAAGUGCAAUAUUUUAAACGUUCAAAAGGUGAAUGUAUAUUUUGCGAUAUACAAAAAAAAUGUAUUUCUUCCAAGUUGUAUUCAAUGUAUUGACAUUGUAAAAAUUAAAUAAAUACGUAAAAUUUUGUCUUCAAACAAAAAAGAAAGCGAUUGAGGCGUAAAAUUUAGCAAAAAAUGUAUUAUACUGCACAUUUCUAAAUAAAAUAAAGAUGCAUGUAGUUAUUAUAUAGCAUAGAUUUUUUUGCCGUAGACAAACUAUUCAAAAAAAAUAAAAUCAACAAUUCUUUUUGUUAUUAAAUGAAUUUUCUGUACCAAUAAACAAAGCGAAAC